ACAGAAAUUUAAAUUUUUAUGUAUCGGGUUGUACAUUUAUGUGAAACUUCUUUUGGAGCUGCUGCUAAAAUUUGUUCUAAAAAUGGGAAAUUAUUUAUUGUUUUAGAUUCACUUCUGAUACUUAUUGGUUAAACUUUGACAAGAUUAAGCAGCAGCAGUUUGUGCUCCUGCUGCUUUGCCAGCCAGCUAUAAAACAGCGGAAGCCCAUGAAGUCAAAGAGCGAGGUAUUAUUUACUCUAAGCUAUAAAACAGAAACCAGCCCUGAAGCUUCGCAUGCCGUGGCGUGGCGUGACGAGCCCUACGUGUCAGAGCAGGUCUUAAUGUUGCUCUUAAGUAUUUUGCACUCAAUUUUGCAAUCAGCUUUAGUAAGUACAAGGUUGCAUCACCAGUGAGCCGUCCCACUUCCCUAUAAAAGGCCAGCGGGUCAGCUCAGGCAGGCAGAACAUCAGCACCACUGAUAACAAAGCAAACCCAGCAGCACAGCUUCUCUUCACUCGCCUUCUUCAGAACUUUGGUUUUUAAAUCACAAUCCAGAUGGAGUCCAAGAAGAACUGCAGCAUCAGCCAGAUGUGGGCCAAUAAGAUGCCCAAAGGAGUAGAUUUGGAGAUUUCCCAUCAGCCCCCAUCCAUGAGGUGCGUCGCCAACCUGAUCAUCGCCAUGGAGAGGCUGAAGUCCGGCAUGGCAGAGUCGAUCCUGAGCCCCGGCUUCAGCGACGAAAGCCUGCUCAGCAUCAUGCUGGAGAGCGUGGUGGAAGAGAGAUUCAUCUCUGAGAGGACGUCAGCUCGACCGGGUCAGUUCACCAGGAGGGAAGAGCAUCCCUGCUCUGUGACGGACGGGCAGAAAAGAAGCCUGGUUCUGGUCCGGAACAACAUGGAGCUUCUGGCAGUGAUGCUGCAGGGAGGCAGCGACAGCCGCAAAGUUUACCUGAACAUGGCGACUUACAUUCACCUGACUCCCGACACCGGGCUGGGCCAGCCUGUGGUUCUGGGCAUCAGAGACACUGACUUCUACCUGUCCUGCCACAAGGACGGCGACAAACCAACGCUGCAUCUGGAGGAAGUGGAGGACAAAACGAGCCUCUCUGAGAUCAGCGCAGAAAGCGACCUGAGGCGCUUCCUGUUCUACAAACGGGACACGGGGCUGAACGUCAGCACUCUGAUGUCCGCUAACUUCCCCAACUGGUACAUCAGCACCGCCACCGACAACAGCCGGCCCGUGGCCAUGUGCCAGGAGUCCGCCUCCCGCUACAGAACCUUCAGCAUCCAGCGGCAGAGCUGAACCCGGCCUGAAGGGGGCGCUCAUCAUCGCUGACAGCACAGCCACAGUCUGCUGGAUGGACGUGUGCGUGUUCAACGGAGUAUUUUACUGUAUGUACCAAGUACAGAAAGUAUACUGCCUAAUGUAUUGACUUUGUCAAAUUUCUACACAAGGUGGCGCCAUUGUGCCGUUCAAAAAGCAUUAUUGUGUAAAUAUGGUUGGCUUAAUAUUUGUGAGUUGAUUUUUAAUAUUUAUUUAUGUAUUUAUGCAAAAUUGCUAAUUUUAUAUUCAUGAUCUGGAAAUCGGCUUGCUAAUCACUGUUUAGAAAACAUGCAAAUGUAUUAAAUAAAGAUCCAAAAU